AUGUCAUGCAGUGACCUUAAACCUCCAUCCUUACAAACUUCUAAAAAAUCAAAAAAUCAAUCACUCAAUUCUUCCUUAAAAUUUUCUGAUCUUGACGUCGCACAGCACUCAGAAAAUCUAGCUAAUAGCCAACAUCCAGAGCUUAUUGCAAAAGAUAUUCGUUCAUUGAAUUUAUUUCUUGAGAGCCUAGCUGCCUGAUCGACUGAAUAUUUUUUUUCGAAACUGCCUUUAUCACUAUCUCACUUACCUAGAGUUCCAAUAAUGGAUUAUUUUCAAGAAAUUUCCCCAGCAUGUGAAAGAUUAAGAGAUGUUUUCGGCAAUAUACGUGAGACUGCAAAAAAUAGGAUUAGUUCAAUGGAAGAAGUUAUUCUUAAACGCAUAAUUCAGAGUCAUCUUAUUUAUUAUUUAUAAUGAUUGCCUAGAAUUAAUUCAAUAUAAUACAGCAUAUAUCUGUAGCCGAAACAGAUAAGAAAAUAUUCACUCAAACAAUGAGCCAAAUCAAAUUAGACAUCCAAAGAAUUUCACUAAAAGUUGAGAAAAAAGAUGAAAUAAUUUCUCAAUUAUCAAAAAUUUUGGAAAGCAAAAAUGCAGAAUUAAGUGAGAAAAGCAAAAAUACUGAUGCUUUUAUACAUGGGUUCAAGGAGCUUAAAAGUGAGGUUGAGACUUUGAAAGAUGAUAUUAAAUUAGCUUGCAAUAGUAUCCAAUAUGCCCUCGCAGAAGCUGAAAGAUGAGGAUAUGUAAUAUCAAAAUCAAAAUUAAAUAGUCUGCUAGAUUAUACAAGCGAAGCAAAGCAAUGCAUACUUACUAUCGUGCAAGAAUCUGCAGCUGAAAAACAAAAAGUGAGAGAUCUAGAAAAACAAAUGGAAAAGAAUUCUGAAGUUUCGGACGCUCAUAUAAAGAUUAUAUCUGGGAUGAAUAAGAAAAUCGAGUCAUUAAGUCAAGCUAUUGAUGAAAGGUCACAAAACUCUUUUGCAUCGCUCUGUAAAUCUUCUCAAGUAAGCAUAAAUCAGUCAAAUUUAAGCAGCAAACAGAACGAAAGCCCAAUUUCACUUAAUGAAAGACGUUACGAUAUGCCACUAAAAGACAGAGCAAGCAGCAAAAGCUAA